AGCUUUGAAAAGCGAGACCAGACCGGCUGCCAAGCAGCGCCCCGUCCUCCUGCUUGCAGUAUGGCAUCCCACACGGCUGAUGCUGACGCCAAGCCAGACUCUGACUCUCAGAAGCUGCUUAACGUCCUGCCUGUGUCCCUGAGACUUCGCACUCGGCCCUGGUGGUUCCCAAUUCAGGAAGUCAGUAAUCCUCUGGUGCUCUACAUGGAAGCCUGGGUGGCAGAAAGGGUCAUAGGCACAGACCAAGCGGAAAUCUCAGAAAUAGAGUGGAUGUGCCAAGCCCUGCUGACAGUGGACUCCGUCAACUCUGGGAACCUAGCUGAAAUCACCAUCUUUGGACAACCCAGUGCACAGACGCGAAUGAAAAAUAUUCUCUUGAACAUGGCGGCCUGGCACAAAGAAAACGAACUCCAAAGAGCUGUGAAGGUGAAAGAAGUUGAAGAGUUCUUGAAAAUUCGUGCCUCCUCAAUCCUAAGCAAGUUAAGUAAGAAAGGGCUAAAACUGGCUGGCUUUCCGCUUCCGCUGGAGGGAAGAGAAACACAGAUGGAGUCUUAAAUCACUACACGUAUUUUCUUACCCGCCUUCACGAGCACCUCCUGUUUAUUUUUCUUUGCAAAUAGCAAUUUGUAGAACUAUUCCAAUAUAAAAAAUUUUUUUUGGUAUGCUGUUGGUUUGAUCACAUACAGUAAAAUUUAUAAACACUUGAGUAUUCAGUUGAUGGUUCGGGGAGUAUGUAGGUUGUAUUCCUACGGUUUCUAACAACACUUCAGUCUGGCCCUCAAGAAUGGCACAGUUGACUUAAAAGUGGGCCCUAACUCCUGUGUCAAGCAAGUUUUUUUUUUUUGUUUGUUUUGUUUUGUUUUUUCGAGACAGGGUUUCUCUGUGCAGCCCUGGCUGCCCGUGAACUCACUUUGUAGACCAGACUGGCCUCGAACUCAGAAAUCCGCCUGCCUCUGCCUCCCGAGUGCUGGGAUUAAAGACAUGCACCACCAUGCCUGGCCCAAGCAAAUUAUUUUAAGUUACCCAGUAGUUUGGGAAAAGGGCAUCAUUAAAAUGUCAGCUCUUGAUCCCUUUGUCCUUCCUUAUUGAGACAGAAUAUCUAUGUCGCCCCGACCGUCCUGGAGUCUCCUAUUUAGACCAGGCUGGCCUUGAACUCCGAUCUACCUGCUUCUGCCUCCCAAGUUCUGUGAUAAAGGUGUGCUCCACC